AUCAAACUCUCUGGAAACUAAGAAAGGUUUUACUGUGAACCGUGGAGUCCACAGGAGGCUCCACGUCGGCCCCUGAAGAAACCUGAGAGUCUGAUCUGAUGACAGGGUUUGGAGACGUGCAGUUGGUCUUGUUGGUCAGACUGUGAGCUUUUGUUGAGGCCACAGACACAGGAGUGAGGGUGGAUGGUUUGGACACUUCCUGUUUAGGUGCAGGGAUGGUCACAGGCCGAUCCACUGGAGUCAGGACCUGGAGUAGAGAGGCUUCUAUUUUUGGCGUUUAAUCACUGGGGAAAGUUUGAAACGUCUGACAAGCUUUUUUCUUUUUCUGUUACCACUAGGACCACAACAGUAGGAGAGCACUUCACGCGCUCAGAUGACGUCACACUCGGGAGCUUCUUUAAUCAAAUAAUACAGUACCAACAAACGAACACGAGAAUGCUAAUUUUACUGUAUCCAAAUUAAAAAAUAUUUAGUUGUAUUCAUGUGCGCAGAUAUGCACCUGCGCCACAAGGGGGCACUGGUGUAACAGUCGAUAGUCUUGUGUAAAGAUGUGUAAAUAUGAUUAAUUCAUGUUUUAUAUUUUUAGUUUCAAAUGUUACUUUGUACGUUAACAUUUAAAUGUAUCAGAAAAAAUAACGAUCUCAUCAAAACAGAAUAUAGUUGCGUACCAAUCAAUGUACAGUAUUUGACGUAUCAACAUUCAAAACUAACAAGCGAACGAUUUUAAAACCACCCGCCCUCAGUGUCCAUUUCCGGGUUGUUACGUAAUUUCCUGUACAAGUAAUUCCACAUACAAUGUGAAUAUACGGGUAAAAACUAAAUUAUGACGAUUAAAAACUAAAUUAUGACUAUGUUCAUGUUAUCAAAUUAUAUGUAGAUAUAAUUUUUAUAUACGCACGUUUUGUGUUAAAACGUUAUCCACGGCUGUCGUCAUCAACGUUUGACAAAAACUUCCUGUUACUGCGCAGGCGCGUAUUGAAGCGCAAAAAAUUCAAAACUGUAGACGUUAGCUCUGUCGCUCUGUGUUAAAAGAAGAGCAUAGUGAGUUACUAUAGCGCUAAAGUUGAAAUGAAGAGUUAUUUUUAGCUUUUUAACUUGGGCUCCACAACACCCGAGCUGCAGUAAAGGACGAGCCGUGAACAACUCACCGUAACAAGUUGAAGAUGGAGCUCCAGGAAGUUGCAGACAAUGAUGAAACCGUUGGAUUUUCCAAGAGGCGUAUUUCAUCAAUUUUAAAAGUGCCCAGAAAAUCGGCCAGAUUCACAGAUCAAGAGCAACAAGAGAAUGUGGUGCAGUGUGCCAAACCAUUUGAAAAAAGAUCUUCAAAAAGAGUCAGUUUUGCACCUGGCGACAAUGUCCUUGUCUUUUCAAAGGAUGUCAAAAGUACCGCUUCUUCCCAGAGAAUUCCUCAAGAAUUGAAGACAGCAUCCGGAGAAACAACACAAAACAGGGUCACAGGGGCUGGAGAUGGCACACAGAAUAUGAUGGGAAAGCAAUCCGUCCUGAACGAUCCUUUGCGUGCUUCUCAGGAUCAGAUCCGCUGUGACAGAGAUGAGGGCAUAGGAGAGAAAACAGUGGUGUUUUCCUCUGAUGAUGCGUACAUGGACAUGACGCAAAGUCACAGCGUAAAUGUCGCCCACUACACAGAACUCCUUGAAGAAGGUUUUCCAAACUUUGGAGAGAAAACAGUUAUGUUUACAGCAAAUGAUGCAUCCAUGGAUUUGACUCUGAAUCAUACUAUGAAAAUAACAGAAGGAAACGCUUCACGCCGCGAUGGCCGACACUUGGAUUUAAAUGUUGAUAAAAGAAGUUUGCCCUCAACCAUUCCCAUUUUAGAUCUAGGGUUUGAGGGCUUACUUGCAAGUCUCUCUAAGCCCAGUCUCCCUGCGUCCAACAACUCCUUCCCGCACAUGGGCUCAGAAACGAGAGAUGUGGAUAAAGAGAAUUGGUUCCCGGCGUCACGUCCAGCCGGAAUGGAGAAGUCCAUAAAUACUUUCAGGAACCACGCAGAAGCAUCUCAGCGUAGUGUGCUUUUUCCAGACAACGACGUCAGCAUGAAUUUGACUGAAGUUCAAACUUCCAGCAUUCUGGGCAUCACAGAUGCCAACGAUCAGUUCAAGUUCAUUUUUCCCACACAAGAUACAUGUGUGUCCACAGACAAAAGUGUGCCCCAGAAAAAUGAGACCAACAGGACCAGUUCUGUGUCCAAAGAUAUGACAUUUUCAAAGAAUACACAUAGAGCUUCCACUCAAAAACACAAGGUCGAUUUUGAUGCCGGAUACGAGAAGACGAUCAUUUUCAACACUGACAAUGAUUUCAUGGACCCCACUCAAAGCUGCACUGUCAACAUUGCCCGUGCUGUUGCGGCGCCUCAGAAGGUGUCGGGCGAUGGCUUGGAUCUAGCAACAGCUUCCUGUCCGGUCUCUUUAAAACACCUAGCCACAGUGGUAACAAUCUGCCCUCUGCCCCGGGAUCAACGAAAGGCAACAGUGACACUGACAGCAACUCCACAAGAAAGUCUGCCGUGCGUAAAGCUGUUUGUUCACUGAACACGAGGCGGAGCUGCCGUAAA